AAUGCUCAUUUUAUCGUAACUAGCCACAUCAAGUAGUACUGUAACAUAUACAAUUAGUAAUAGUUGAUUAAAUAACUUUGAACAAGCCGGUAGAAUGGCUCCGAAAGAAGCCGAGUGGGUUGAGGAAGCCCACGAGCGUGCAGCCCAAAAGAAAACUCACGUCAGUUUUCCUAAACUAAAAUAUCCUUCCUUAAGAGAUGAAGGUCUUAGAGAUCCCCUGCAGUGGCUCACCGGUAAAGCAUUAGAUGAUGGUGCAGAAGAUCUCUGGCGAAUACAUGAUAAGCUUUAUGAUUUUACGACUUUCAUGAAGAAACAUCCUGGUGGAGAAGAAUGGUUAGAAUUGACUAAGGGUACUGAUAUAACAGAAGCUUUUGAGUCUCAUCAUAUUAACCCAACAACUGAGAAGAUGUUAAAUAAAUUUUAUAUAAGGGACGCAAAAACACCACGUAAUUCACCCUUCACUUUUCACGAAGAUGGUUUUUAUAAAAGUCUGAAAAGGGCAGUUCACGAAGAGCUAAAGAAAAUACCAAAGGAAGCAUCCGUUACAGCAGACAGAAUAACUGAUGGGCUGUUUGUAACACUUCUAUGCAGCUCCUCUUUAGCAUGUUGGUUUGAAAAUUAUUUUAUGGCAACGUUUUGGUACAUUAUUUCAUCCGUGAGUCUCGCACUGCUAACGGUGACGUGUCAUAAUUUUAUACAUCGCAGAACAAACUGGCGUAUGUAUCUUUUUAAUAUGAGCAUGUGGUCUUACAGAGAUUUUCGAGUAUCUCAUGUAAUAUCGCAUCAUUUGUAUACAAAUACAUUAAUGGACUUAGAAAUAAGCUCCCUUGAACCAUUCCUUUUUUAUAAUCCGAGGGAAGAUAAACCAUUACAUGCUAGAUUUGGAUUUAUUACGGAAUACUUUUUUUUUCCUUUCUUAUUUUUGUUGACCUUCACCAAAAGAUUUCUGAGCAUAUUCCUACGGAAAGGGUUUUUCAAGGCACAUUAUCGCUGGCACGAUGCCAUUGGCUUUUUGUUACCGUUAUGCAUGUGGUUCACAAGUGGCACCGCUUUCCUCCAUGUACUUUACACGUGGCUUUGGAUCAAUUGCACUGGGAGUCUUAUUUUUUACCUCAUCGCUGUUAAUGCUGCUCAUCACCAUCCAGAUGCUAUUAAGGAUGGCGACCAACCAAGAAACGAAACUCCAGACUGGGGUGAACAUCAAGUGGAAGCACUUCUUGAUCGAAAGGAUAUUAAUGGAAACACAUUUGCUGUUAUGACACUCUUCGGGGACCAUGCAUUACAUCACAUGUUUCCGACACUAGAUCACUCCAUUCUUAAAUAUUUACACCCGAUUUUUAUAGAAUUCUCUGAAAAAUAUCAAACAAAUUACAGAGCGUCAACGCAAUUUCAAUUGGUCAUUGGGCAGAUUAAAGAAACAAUGCGCACUGAAUUCAAAACUGUUGAUAAGAGAUAUUUUUAUACAAAAUAGUUAUUAAAUUAAUCUUAUCCUUCCUUAAUUUGUCCAAAGUUAAGCAAAUAUGUUUUUAUGUAAUAUAAAAGUUAAUCUAAAUGAAGGUUUCUUUGGUUAAGACAAUAAACACAAAGCCUAAUGAUCUGAUGGUUUGUUACUUCCAUCAUUCAUUCAGCCACAAAAAUAGAUUCGAAAAGAAAUCCCAUCGAAUAUGUAGCCCCGGAUUUAUGAGGCCUACAAGGCACUGGCCUUGGGACUCCACCUGGUCAAAAACUUGAUCCUCUUAAGUCCGAGUCUGCAAAUACUCAUUCUAUUUUAUUUAUUCUAUUUCCAAUUAGAUAAUUUAUCACUAAAUUUAGCUAUUUUAAUGUUAAAUAGUAUAUUAAAACAAAUAUGUACUCGACUAAUUCGAUGCAAUAAUAACUACAUUGUUUCUUGGAAUACCUUAUAAUAAUCAAAUUUACUUUUUUAAUUUUCACCUAAUUUGAACAUUACCCUCGAAUAAACAGACACAACUAAACAAUAUAGUUGUAAAUAAGCCAUUUUAACUUAAAUAAUUCACUUACAUGUAUCAUCAAAUAAUUAACGAAAUAUUAGAAAUAUUACUUAUGAAACAUCGGCUUUCCUAAGUAAGUGUGUUGUUAAUAAUUUAUACCCAAUUCAUAUAUUACUAAUUUUCAUUAUCAUCUCGAAAAUGCUUUUGUAAGUUCCGGUGGAAUAGGCAUUUCUCCGUGUAAUCUUCACAUCGCGGCAAUUUGUUUUCCGCAAAUUGCCUAUUCAUCCUCACAUAAACGUGAGUUAUGGAACUCAUUUGAUAAACAUCUUACCCAAUAACAUCAAAUUAAAGAUGAAAUGCAAUUUCAAUUGUUAUUAAAUUCUUAUAAUUUAUUUUUCUUUUAAUUAUUAUAAAGAAAUUAUAAGUACUUGGUCCAUGAAUACAAACAGAUUUACAGUUCGUAGAGCGUGAUAUAUAGGUGACAAAAUAAUGUCUUUGACUUAAGAACCGAACAGCGUUGAAAAGUAAUUUUAACAAUGUCAUUUGAUUAAAUAAUUCGUUUCAGGUAACAAGUUAUAAUCUGAUCAGAAGUAGAAAGAAUAUGUAUAAAAUAAUAUCUCAUGUAACUUAAUUUUACUUUCAAAUUAUCUGUAACGUUUAAAUAAUAAUAUUACAUUUAAGAUAUAAUAAUAACUUUAUAUCUUAAAUGUAAUAUAGACUAUUAAAUGUAAAGGUAGUGUUAUGUUACAAAUAAUAAAAACAUCUAUUAUUAUAAUAAAUAUAUAAAAAUAUCAAUUAUAUAUGCAUACAACUCUUGGUAAGUUCGACAACUAUAUAUAUAUAUAUAUAUUGUUUAUUACACAAAAAAAUUAGUGUGCCUUCACGGUGAAUAUUUCAUUAUAUAUAAUAAUAACCAAUGACUUUUCAAAUAAGAAAUCUUACAAGUCGUGGUGCGACCAUUCUACUUAGCCUAGCUUUUUUAUAAAAUAGGUAUAGUACGUGAUCCGAAUUAGAGUUGAUCUUCACCUAUCUUUUUUUUUUCGCUGGAAAAACGCAUUUACGGGUUUCCCCCACAUGAGGUGGGGGGGCAUGUGGGGCUCACCUGCACUGAAGGCGCCGGAAUACCCACUAAAAAACCAGCGGUAUCCACUCCGUCUUGUCAAAGGGGCGUCACGGGAUCGCUUGCGCAUCCUACCGUGACGCACCGACGGUUGGCCCGCUCAAGCGGGCCUCAAUUAUUAGGGGGUUCUCGGGGUACGGAGUACACCCCUAACCCCAGCAAUCUUCACCCAUCUGCAAACCGGAUGAAAAUAUUCUUUUCUUAAAUCUUACAAUUAAAUAAAUAUGUUAUGAUCAGGUUGCCCAAUAAAAUAUGGUCAUGUCUUUCUUGAAUUAAUUAUUCUUUUCUUAAUACCUUUUUUUAAAUUCUUCACCCAUGUGCUUACCACAUGAGUCUUACACCAAUCGAAAAUAAUAUCAAAUAUAAGGAAUAAGCUAUAAUUAGAUUGCUUACCUUUUUCCUGUCACCAUGUACCGAACUGAAAUUAUACGGCGAUUCCAUACAGUAUGUCGUUUCCAGGCACCCAAGUAUGUAUUCGUAUUGUAUUUAGCGACGAGGACCGUGGCGAUGGCGAUGACACGCGGCCGCGCGCUAGAUCUUUAUCAGUUACUUUUUGAAGAUUGAAGGUGGUGCAGCUGCGCGUGUGGCACCGCAACGCUGCUAGCUAUGGUUGUUAAUUCUUAUAAUUAUAUGGGAGUGACAAAGAGCCGUGUGUCGGUUCAAUGCUUACUCUCAUAUCAAUGAGGUUGCAUGUUAAAAUGAAUAUAUACGUGAAAUGUGACAAUAUUAACCAAAGGAUUUCAUCCAGGCUGGCAUGACGCACUAAUCGGUUUAUACAAGAAGUGACGUUUGUAGCUAAAUGACUCGUUCUUAUUAGGGACGCCUUAGCUUAGUGUAAGGAUAUCACAAGUGACAUUAUAGCAUGUCAUAGUAGUAGAGCCAGCUAGUUAUGUUUCUCUACAUGAGUCAACAUACUAGCGAUAGAAAAUGCAGCCUGCAUAUAUCUCUUUUUUGUAGUAUACAAUGUGCAAUCUGGAUUUGUGCUGAUUUAGGUAAUGGACCAACGGGUGCGUUGCUUGUUGUAGACCAACGUUAAGUUUUAUAUGCACUAUGAAGUUAUAGGUUUAAGUAAAGCGUAAUACGCAAAACGAAUAAAAGGUUUAAAAACAAGAUAGAGAAACGUUCGGUUUAGUUACGUCUUAGUUUUAAGAAGGGUACUGCGUUUAUAGGUUAUAAAAUAAUAAGAUAUAUUUAUAUUUUAUAAACAAAAAGAAAAUGAACACGUGAGCCGACUCAGGUAGAGCACAUAACAAAUUAUAUUUAAGGCCACUUGAGUGACAAUUUUUAUUAUUAUUGUUGUGGCUACGGCUACUUUAUAAGCACCGCAGUUACGAUUGUGUUUCCUACAGGACUACGGUCUAGUUUAUUGAUUUAUUGAUAAUACUUUAAUAAUGCAAAGCAUUUAUUAACCAAUUACAUAAAUCAAAAUAUUUAUAAUAAAAAUGUACAUAAAAGAUAAA